CUAUCGCCAUGGCAACCGCAUGGCCUGGAUUUUUGGGACACUUGUAUUCCGAGUAUUGUAUCAUGUGGUCAAACCGUGUGUCAGACCGUGUGCCGCAGAGAUGCCCCGGCCUGGGUUUGGGGGACAUGGCGCUGUAACCGCUGGCCACCCCCUCCGGGUUACUGCAGCGGCCCCCGGCCCCGGCGCUCCCAGCGGGCCCGCGCCCGCCUGCGGAGAGGAACUAGAGCAGGGAUGUCCUUUGGAUUUCACAGAGAAAGCUGGGGCCAGGGUCCUCAACGGAGGCACUGUCCCUCUCGAGAUGGCGCGGGCCGCAGCCCAGCCUGUCUGUGACGUCGUCUCCAACCCUCGUGUCGCUUCGUGCUCGAGGCUGGUUUGCCGUCCAGGUCCCCAAGGACUCUUUCAGGGCAACUUUUGCGCGCGGGAGACCAACUCUUCCCUCACUGAUGUUUCCUGUCAAGUCACCAGCUGCCCUGUUGUGUGGUGGAGACCUCAGGGAUGCAGAUGCGUUCUCUCCAGGCCUGUUCUGGAGGCUGCAGAUCCCGCCAGGGAUAGCAGCUGUGCAGGACUGCGGGACCCUAGAGUGCAUGGGGCUGCUCCCCUGGGAGUGGCCAGAGGCCUCCCGAGGACAAGAAGGUGGGAGAGAGAAGACCAGGCCGGCUGGAAGCUGACACUGGCCCUGCUGCUCUUGGGAAGGGGUUGGAACCAUAUUCUUGUAUUCACUGUAGUCAGUCAUAAAACUAGCAAUAACAGCUAAUAGUUCUUGCUUUUUGUA